UUUUUUUCUCGCAGCCUCAUACAAGGAGCUCUUUAAGCCCCGGUACCGACACACAGAGCAGGCAUUCAUACUCGGGCAGCGCGAGCGAGGGGGCUGGGGAGCGAGCGUCACUUUGGAAACUCGGGAACUCACGGAUUCUCGUGCUAAACCGGCGACCUCCUUUUCUCAUUACUGAAGUCGUUGCUGUUGGAUUUCAACCGUGGGACAAACGGAGGAGAGAGUGAGACCGGGUGAGUUUGGCGCAGACAGCAGUGCAUUAGCAGGUAAACUGGGGUCCAAGGUGCGCACUGAGCCGCCUAUGAUACCAACAACACGGAUGGAAAGAACUUUAAUGUGGAACCCUCACAGAGUUUUGCAACGGAGGCUAAGAGUAGAGACAGACUGGCAGUUUAUAUUAUAACUUAGAGGAGGCCAAAGGGACAUAUCAAACAGCAGUCAGCCGACACGCGCUUCACUGUAGGGAUAAACAGGAACAAGGACCCGACAGGUAGGCCUAGAGCUGAGCAUUUAGUAACAGGCCGUGCAUCAUCUGCGCACCCGGAGGCUUGUGUGUGUAGGAAGAUGUCCAGAGAGGAGCAGAGCUUAUCGGAGGUUGAGCUCAGUCCCGGGAUGUCGGACGACAGUCGCUCCCUGUCACCGGGUCAUUCCUCCAAUGCGGCUGGCGGGGGGGACUCGCCUCUCCACGGGCAGCAGCCGCAGCUGGCGGGUCUGGACGACACGGCGGUGGGCUGCUCGUCCGUCAAAUCCGACGAUGAGGACGACCGCUUCCCCGCAGGAAUCCGUGACGCGGUGAGCCAGGUGCUCAACUGCUACGACUGGACCCUCGUGCCCAUGCCCGUGCGCGUGAACACCGGAAGCAAGAACAAGCCGCACGUGAAGAGGCCCAUGAACGCCUUCAUGGUGUGGGCGCAGGCGGCGCGGAGGAAACUGGCCGACCAACACCCGCACCUGCACAACGCGGAGCUCAGCAAGACCCUGGGGAAGCUCUGGAGGCUUCUUAAUGAGAGCGACAAGCGACCCUUCAUCGAGGAGGCAGAGCGGCUGAGGAAGCAGCAUAAGAAGGACUAUCCCGACUACAAAUACCAGCCACGACGCCGCAAGAAUGGAAAGCCUGGUUCCGGGUCAGGAAGUGAGGCUGACGGCCAUUCGGAGGGUGAGGUCAGCCACAGCCAAUCCCACUACAAGGGCCUCCACCUGGAAGUGGUCCACAGUGGGGGAGCUCGGUCCCCUCUGGCAAAUGGUCACCCCCCUCAUGCAGCAGGUCAGAGUAACAGCCCUCCCACACCUCCCACCACUCCCAAGACCGAGCUUCAGUCUGGGAAGGCAGGGGAUGGAAAACGGGAGGGUGCUGGGAAUGGGGGCUCCCGUAGCGCAAUGGGAGCAGAGGGAAGCUUAGAUGCUCCGGGAUCUGGGAAACCUCAUAUCGACUUUGGUAAUGUGGACAUUGGUGAGAUUAGCCACGAGGUGAUGGCCAACAUGGAGCCUUUUGAUGUCAAUGAGUUUGACCAGUACCUUCCCCCCAAUGGGCACCCAGGGGUUGGGCAAAUUGCUGGGGCAGGAGCAUCUGCAACAGCUUCUCCAGCCUCUCUGUACACCUACGGCAUCUCCUCAGCUCUGGCAGCCGCCAGUGGACACUCAGCAGCCUGGCUCUCCAAGCAGCAGCAGCAGCAGCAGCUGCAGCAACAUCACAACUCCCCUCUGGGCUCAGAUCCCUCCAAGGCCCAGAUCAAGAGUGAGGCAGGAGGUUCAGAGGGUCACUUUGCAGAGCCAGCCUCAGCAGGUUCCCAUGUCACCUACACCCCCCUCAGCCUUCCUCACUACAGUUCUGCCUUCCCCUCACUGGCCUCCAGGGCUCAGUUUGCUGAAUAUGCUGACCACCAGGCCUCAGGGUCAUACUACCCCCACUCCAGCCAGGCCUCGGGGUUGUACUCUGCCUUCUCUUACAUGGGGCCAUCCCAGAGGCCCCUGUACACUGCAAUCACUGACCCAGCCAGUGUACCGCAGUCACACAGCCCCACACACUGGGACCAGCCCGUCUACACAACACUGUCGCGGCCAUGACAGACAACGAGACCAGAGGGCACUGGUGCAGGUUCAGCCCCCAUGUCAGGCCCAAGGAGCAGCAGCAACAACAGCAGUGUUGGUGAUAUCAGCAGUGAAAGUGGUCUGGGCCGGGGGGAGUGGGCAGGCACCGGGGGAGUUGGCUGGGGAGGUAGGAGGGGAGAAACCCCGUUCUGCUCUUGCCCAGAGGCAGAAAUGCUGUCACAGCUCAAGGAUGAGCUUAUAGUGUGGUGCUUUUGAAGCAUGGUUGAUUAUUUGGGGCACACAGUGUAGUUGUCAUAGAAUGUAGUACUUUGGUGCCGCAGAGGUAAAACACCCACCCACCACCACCGCAGAGUACCAGGUUAGAUGUCUCUGGCGCUCCAAAUAACACAAUUGGCAGUGUUCAUAAGUGGUAAAGGAUCAUGUCCCCGUCAGUUUGGUGACUCCAUGUGUAUCAGAGGAGGCACACUGUAGUCUACACCCCUCUCCCACAAGCCACAAGGGGUCAGUAGCAACAGGGACCAUGGUACACAUUGAGAAUUAGCAAGACCUUGAUCUGUAUUGUGAAGGUUGUGACUGAGAGGGAGCCAAAUUCAUUCUAUAUUAAAUGUUUUUUUUUUCCUUUGUACCUGAAGAAUGGAGUGCCAAACAAUUUGACUGUGGCCCAUUCACUUCUCAGGCAAGACUGACCUUUUUAUCAAACAGAUGUUGGUUUUGUAUUGCUUUUGGAAAUCAAUACAACAAAUACUGAUGACAUUCUGUUGGUUUCUUAGGCACAUUUGUCCCUAUUUAAUUCAAAUGAUUAUGCUGUGUUCACUUAAAAUGCCUUUUCUACACACAAUGAACGUGCAUGGAAGAAAAAUGCCAUAAAACCAUGCUGAGGUUUUGUUAAGUGAAAUGUAUAUUUAGUCAAAAAACUAUUUUCUUGAUGACUGACUAUUAUCAGGAUAGUUUAUACUAUGUACUUGAAAUGACAAAUGUAUGUAUAUUGAUGCAUACAGAUUUGAGAUAUUUGUAAAACGACCAAAGUUUUGAGACCAAAACUUAGAGAAGAAACUGAUUUUCCAGACGUUUCUCCCAACAUGACACUCAAAACUACCUUACAUUUUGUAGCUAAUUAGUUGUCUGUCAACAUUUUUCCAAUGUGACUUAUUGUGAAUUACUUAAAAACGUAUUGGUGUCAAAAGCUACGUUUGCCUUUAUUCACAAUGGCACUGAUGAGUGUGAUGAUUUUCAUUAGUAUUUGACGUAUUCAUGAAGAACAUUCAUGAUAAAAGAUAGUUGUAUUUAUACUUGGAUAAUCCUUUUUCAUUGACCAUGGUCACAAUGUGUCAUGGAAUACAUGAUAGAAGCUUUUUCAUUGUUUUAACAAUUGACUAUUAUUACUGUCAAAUGCUUUUUGCCAUUAUUAUCUCCACUGAAAGUCUGCACCACUGCCUUUUCUUUUCCUUUGUGUGUCAUUCAAAAUGUGUAUAUAGAACAAAAUUCAAUGUGAAAUGUCAGAUCUUUUGAUUGUAGUCGUGUAACUUGUAACAUAAAAAAAAAAAGAGAGAAGCUUUUCUGGGACAGUUUCAAUGUUGCCAAUACCGAGAAACAGUUGCCAGAGAUUGAGUGAGUAAGGCUUCAAGGAGAUAAUAAGUUUUAACAUAGCCUAAUAUUAAAUAUACAUAUAUAGAAAAUGUGCCUUGUCCUUAAUAAUACCUGCUACUCACAUGUGAAACAGAGAAGCAACAACCUGUAUUUUAUGUUAAAUCAUGUUUGUCUUUCCCAAUUUUUUGACUAUUAGUUAAUCUGUUUAUGUUGUCUUUUUCUCAUUUCUCUUUGGUCUUCAUGGUCCACUGUGUUUCCACAUGUAAUUUCUGUCCCUUGUCUCCUAAACAGAACUGUAUUUUAGGUAUCUUAUUCUCCAUCUGAGAAGGUGAAAAAAUUAAUUUGCGUUUCAUUUUUAUCAAAUUAUCAUUAUUAUUAUCAUUACUCAAAUAUUCUUUAUCACUACUGGACACAGUUCUGGACCAUGUGCAUGCAGCACUGCUUGUUUUAAUUCAUUCGAAGCUUAAAGCCCAUUUUUAUUUAACCAUUUACCUCCAGUUCAUUUUACAUCCUUGUUGCUAUAUGUGAAAUAUCUGUAAUGUUGCUAUGAAUUUUACAUUUCUUAUUUAUAUUUGUUUUAUGUUUGUGUGUGCUGUUAUUUGUUUCUCUCCAUUAUGAAGGAAACAUUUGACAGUUACUGCCAUUUUAGUAUUUCACAUUUUCCUUUCUUGCAGAACUGUUGCCAGCACAGCACAGCAACACGACUUCUAAAUAACAGCAGGAGCGAAAGCCUAAACAUGUGAUGAUGACUAAUGAUCUUUUACUCUCACUUGAAAUAAAGCUCUAUUAUUUCUGCUUUUAAUACAA